AUGCCAAUAGAGAGGAGAGAAGGUAACAUGUAUUUGUCUCCACACUUUUGGCAUUCAAAAGCUGCUACUGGGCAAGCAAUUAAAGCUCUUUUUGGAGCUCUUGGUGUGGGAACACCAAGACGCAUGUUGUCUACAAUCUCUGGGGAUAUAAAGAUGGCAAAAGAAGAACAUAGUUCUCAGAAAACCAAAGCUUUCGUCCUCUUUUCCCCUCACCUCCCUGUUUACCAGCCUCAGAUGAACUCGCUUACUGCAUUAGCGGCGCUUUAUCAUACUAGCAAGAGUACUCACUCGCUCUUGACCCAUUAA